AUGCCACCAUCCGGAAAGAGAUCAUCCCAACGGACUCGCAAGGCUCGAGAUCCGAGUGUGCCUGUGCAUACCGAGCUCUCCUCACCAUCGAGACCGUUGAAGCGCAGACGCCAGGCACAGCCAGAACCUCCCUCCGAACCAGCCGACGAUGAAGGCUCCAGCAUGACGCUUGAUCCUGCUGCGGGCAUCAACUUGGAAGAUGAUGAUGUUCUCAUUAGUCGAGUUGCCGAAACCCUCACCACGGCCGAAUUCCCUGUCAAGGCAAGCGAGAUUUACGCCAAUACCCUGCAAGCUGACACCGAAGGUAUCGAAGCAUAUGCGAAACUGGCUGGAAAGGACUGGACCUACUACAUCCGAACUCUUGCAAUCAAUAUUGGUCGCUCUUCUGAGCCCUCACAGGCGCACCAGCCUCCCGACGACCCCAAAGACAAGGAUUUUGUCCACAUUGACCUUGGUCCCAACAAGGUCUUCUCUCGCCAGACUGCCAUCAUCUUCUUUGACGAUGCUGGCAGCUGGGUCCUGCGGGUCAAGGGACGCAACGGUUUGAAGGUAAACGGUGUCCCGCUUAAGAAGGAUGACAAUCCCCACAACCUAGCCAGCGGAGAGGUUAUUGAAGUUGGCGGGAUUGAGAUGAUGUUUGCGCUGCCCGGAACCAUCGGAGGACCUUUGAAUAUUCACGAGGCCUACUUGCAGCGUGCUGGCAUUAAGGGCCCCGUCAGACCCCAGAGAUCGAGUCCUCCAUCAGAGACGCGCCACGCCCUGCCCUCGGCUCCUUCGCACAAGCGAGAGAAUACCAAUUCUCGACCGGAUCUUGACUCGCCGUCUGCCUCGUCAAGCAAGAGGAGCUACUAUAAGCGGGAGUGUUCUACCAUUGAAAUGCCGCAGCCCAUCGCACCAGCGCCUCCGGAUUACAAGCGUCCCGGUACACCUCCGUCGGCCAAAGGUCGUGCGCAUGCCUCACAGCACAAGUCGCCGGCCUACAGCAACGCAGGAACCAUGUUGAUGAGUUCCAACGACGUGGAUCUCAGCCUCGAUGAGAACAAGCAUAUCAAACCUCUCUUCAGCUAUGCUCAGAUGAUUACCCAGGCCAUCAGCAGCACCAAUGAAUCAAAGUUGAAUUUGAACGGCAUCUACCGCUACAUCAUGGAUAAUUAUGCGUAUUACAGACAUCAACCACCUAGCGGGUGGCAGAAUUCCAUUCGGCAUAAUCUUUCCUUGAACAAGUCGUUCAAUAAAGCCCCGAGAACGACCGACGAGCCUGGAAAGGGCAUGAAGUGGGAAAUUGUUCCCGAGCAGAAGGAAGAGAUGAUGCGUACGGCGUGGAAGGUCGGACGAGGGGGCCAUCGCGGAUCGUCGGCCCCAUCCUCGCCAAAUCAACCCAGUCAGCUGAAUUACAUCAACCAAGGCCCCAGAGACAUGAUGUCUCGGGGACCAGGCUCGGCACGGAAGCGGAAGGCGCCAUCUCCCGUCAUCGCGGUGUCUCCCCCUCCGAGCUCAUCUCUCAACCCGUCCCAAAUGACCCCGGACCGCAGAUACAAAGCCUCUGGUCCCGCAAGUUUCCAGGACGGCAGCCCUCUUCCGCGAUCCCGCAAGCCGCUGGUCACCAGCUCAUUCGGCCAAGCGGCUGACGGCUUGCCUCGUUCUCCUCCCACACUGUCUUCCUCAUACCUCGGAGAUGACGGCCCGUCUUUCAUCACGCCGGCCCCUCAUCGGGUGCACCCCCAUCUCGCGCCUCCCAGCACUGCGCAACGACCUAGCCAGCACAUGCCAACCAGCUCGCCGGCACCCUUCUGGAAGUACGCUGAUAUCGGCACGCCCCUCAAGGCCGUGCAGUUCGACGUAAGCCCUUCGAAGCCUGCGCUGCCAAACAGCAGCAGUCCGCCCCCGCCCAUCGAGGGAAAUGGAAGCGGUGACCGAUCUCCUGUAGCAAGUCCGACUCGCUCUACGAUCCGUGCCGAGACACAGGAGACGGCUACCAUUGUCGAGGAAGAGGAAGAGGAAGCUGGGUUUGAUCUUACCAAGUACGUGUUGUUAUUCAGUUUCAUCUUGCGUGUCCACUGACUGAAUAAUCAAAAACAGGGGUUUCCAACCCAUAAGCGAAUAUCACGCACCUGUGAGCUUGCCUAUGCCGCGAGCCAAUGGUAGUCUUUCCCGGAAGUGAAACGAUCUAGUAUCCCUUUGGGCGGCUUUAUUAGCCGACCGCACAACAGUGUAGGCCAACAGUCCUAUAUAUUUGGUACAAUUUCCUGAUAUAGUAUACGCGUGGCUCGGCUGGUAAGGGGUGUUCGG